AUGUCCACCAGCACCCACAGCCACGCCGGGAGCCAGCAGUUCCCGGGGAAUUGCACCCUGGAGAAGGCCCUGCAGACCGUGGUGGACAUGUUCCACCAGUACAGCAUCCGCCAGGGUGAGAUAGACCUCCUGAGCAUGAGCGACUUCACCACGCUGCUGAAGGAGCAGGCGCCGUCCUUCCUGCAGACCUGCGACAGGAACCGAGCUGGCUACUUGGAGAAGCUCUUCCAGGAGACCGACCUGAACAAGGACAAGGAGCUGAGCUUUGAGGAAUUCACCGUCGUGCUGAGCAAGCUGGCUGAUGAUGCCCACCGCAUCAGCCAUGGCUCCGAGCGCUGCGGGCCCGACAAGGAUUGA